AAAACGUGCCCAGAAUCAGAUGUUUCAGAACCUCAGAAUUCCAGGUCUAUGGAAAUGCAAGACCUAGCAAGUCCCCAUGCCUUGGUUGGAGGCAGUGACACACCUGGGAGCUCCAAGCUGGAUAAAUCCGGUCUCAGCAGCACUUCGGUCACAACAAAUGGGACAGGAGUGUCUCUUCUUGCAGUCAAAACAGAGCCCUUGCACAGCAGUGAGACCACUACCACGACUGGAGAUGGAGCGCUUGACACUUUUACUGGGUCAGUAAUAACCAGCAGUGGCUACAGCCCCAGAUCGGCACACCAGUACUCCCCACAGCUGUACCCCUCCAAGCCCUAUCCACACAUUCUUUCUACACCAGCAGCUCAAACAAUGUCGGCCUACGCAGGCCAGACUCAGUACUCUGGGAUGCAGCAGCCAGCGGUCUACACAGCCUACUCGCAGACAGGGCAGCCCUACAGCCUGCCCGCCUACGAUCUUGGUGUGAUGUUGCCAGCCAUCAAGACGGAAAGUGGGCUUCCCCAAACUCAGUCCCCGUUACAGAGUGGCUGCCUCAGCUACAGCCCUGGGUUUUCUACCCCACAGCCGGGCCAGACACCUUACUCUUACCAAAUGCCAGGCUCCAGUUUUGCACCAUCGUCCACUAUUUAUGCAAAUAAUUCCGUCUCUAAUUCAACAAAUUUCAGCGGCUCACAACAGGAUUACCCAUCGUACACAGCCUUUGGCCAAAACCAGUAUGCUCAGUAUUACUCAGCAUCAACCUAUGGGGCAUACAUGACAUCAAACAACACAGCCGAUGGCACAUCGUCAUCAACCUCGACUUACCAGCUGCAGGAAUCUCUCCAAGGACUGACUAGCCAACCAGGAGAGUUUGAUACAGUGCAGAGCCCAUCCACACCAAUCAAAGAUCUUGAUGACAGAACAUGUAGAAGUUCUGGGUCAAAGUCUCGAGGAAGAGGCCGGAAAAAUAAUCCCUCCCCACCUCCGGACAGUGACCUGGAGCGUGUGUUUGUCUGGGACUUGGAUGAAACCAUCAUCGUCUUCCACUCUCUCCUCACGGGCUCUUACGCACAGAAGUACGGCAAGGAUCCCCCGAUGGCUGUAACCCUCGGGCUCCGAAUGGAAGAAAUGAUCUUUAAUCUUGCGGAUACACAUUUGUUUUUUAAUGACUUAGAGGAGUGUGAUCAAGUUCAUAUAGAUGAUGUUUCCUCCGAUGACAAUGGUCAGGACUUAAGUACCUACAGUUUUGCAACUGAUGGCUUCCAUGCAACUGCAAGUAGUGCGAACCUUUGUUUGCCAACAGGUGUGAGAGGAGGGGUGGACUGGAUGAGGAAGCUGGCUUUUCGUUACAGAAGAGUAAAGGAAUUAUAUAACACCUACAAGAACAAUGUCGGAGGUCUCCUUGGCCCUGCCAAGAGGGAUGCAUGGCUGCAGUUAAGGGCAGAGAUCGAAGGCCUAACAGAUUCCUGGCUAACGAACGCACUUAAGUCUUUAUCAAUUAUUAGUACUAGGAGUAACUGUGUAAAUGUCUUGGUAACGACAACCCAGCUGAUUCCUGCUCUUGCAAAAGUCCUGCUUUACAGCCUAGGAGGUGCUUUCCCCAUUGAGAACAUUUACAGCGCAACUAAAAUAGGAAAAGAAAGUUGCUUUGAACGGAUAAUGCAAAGGUUUGGCAGAAAAGUAGUGUAUGUGGUAAUUGGGGAUGGUGUAGAAGAAGAGCAGGCAGCGAAAAAGCACAACAUGCCCUUUUGGAGGAUAUCAAGCCACUCGGACCUCUUGGCUCUACAUCAAGCACUGGAAUUAGAGUAUUUGUAACUGUAUUCUCUAGUUGAGGAUCCAUUUUUUUUUAUAUUUCAAGUACACUGAAUUUUUAUGUGUGAUCCAAUGCCGCUGGCUUCUUCUACACAUACAAAUGGUCUUAACGGAUGAAAUCAUACUUGGAAGGAAAACUCCAGAGUGAAGAAUUCGGGUUGCUGAAUGGAAUUAAACUUUAGUGCUACAGAAAGGAAGCUCUAUGGUCUUAUUAUCUUUACAAUACUUUCAUGGUUUAAAAAAAAAAUCAGUGGCAGUUGCUGACACGUAUCAAGUGAGUUCUAAGAGGGAUUAACAGCUUUAGUAAAGAACUGGAACCCUCCAAGCCACAGCACCUGCUCUGCCUCUGACAAGGUGGUUGAAAACAUUCCUCAAAAUGGGAGCUCUUCUCAACCCUGAGGUUUGAAUCUGACUUAUAGCCUACCUAGCCCAGAAAAUCUGAAUCGGAAUGCACUCAGACUGUAUAAUGACAGUCCUAUCUAGACAUGUAAUUUGUGUAAAUUAUUGAUGGAAAUAAUUUACUGUGACUUUAUUAGCAGCUGACUCUGAAAGUGGAUGCAAUUUUUCUUUUAUUUGUUGGGGUGGGAAAGGGCUGGGGAAAUGGGAAUAUAAUAUUGUCUCUUUUUUAAGGUUGGCAAAGAGAAUGUUCAUACUGAUGUGUUGUGCCUUAAAGACAAGACAGCAUUUGUGUGUUACAAUGUAACUUUGGUUACAAGUCUCUAUAGAUAAUCAAAGACAAAAAAA